AUGGUCACCGACGAUGGCGAGCCCACCCAGCAGCAGACCCAAUCCACCCAGUCCUCGUCUCAGACAGAGACCCAAGAUAUUACGAAGCUAUGGGGCUACCUCGUCCCCUGCAGCCCCGCUCUCCGCCGCAUGGACCUCAUGAAGGGAAAGCGCAGGUAUUCGAUAGGUCGCAAUAAGGAAGGCCUUCUGAACGAUAUCAUCCUUCCUGGCAUGAAGAUCAGUAACUUCCACGCUGUCAUCAAUUGGGAUGGGGACGAGACCCCCAAGUCCGCCGUCACCAUCACUGACACGUCCAGCAACGGCACCUUCGUAAGCACACAUCAACGGGAGAAGAUCGGGAAGGGAAAGAGCAAGGUGCUGCGUGACGGAAACGAGGUCGCGUUUGGGACGGUCACCGCACUUCAGGCAACAACUUCGAGGACUAUCGUGAGUUUCGUGUUCCGCCACCUCGUUCUCCAGGUCCCGGAGCGCGGCCUCCACACGUUCUACGACAUGCAGCACGAGCUCGGAAAGGGCUCCUUCGCUACUGUCAUGAAGGCUCUCCACCGCACCGAGGGCAAGUGGUACGCCGUCAAGAUGAUCCAAGCCAACAAGCUUCGCCGUGGGUUCAGUGCCGCGAGCGUCGCCGGGCUCCGUGACGACGACAAGGCGGCCAACUUUGCUCGCGAGAUCAACAUCCUCGAAAAGCUGCAGCACCGAAACAUCUGCCAACUCAAAGAGGUCUUCUUCGAGCGGUACAACAUCAACCUCGUCCUGGAAUGGGUUGCAGGCGGUGACCUUCUGAGUACAUCCUCAAGCACGAGAACGGACUCUGUGACCGAGGCAGAGUCGCAGUAUCUGACGUAUCAGAUGUGCGAUGCGCUGGCAUAUGUCCACGACAUGGGUAUUUGCCAUCGCGACCUUAAACCCGAAAACGUGCUCUUGACCCUGGACAAUCCACCUAUCGUCAAGGUUGCAGACUUUGGGUUGGCGAAGGUCAUCGACAGCAUGACCAUGCUCCGGACAAUGUGCGGCACGCCUGCAUACCUCGCUCCUGAGGUGGUGAACCAGUCCAACAACGAAGGGUAUGACCUGCUCGUCGACAGCUGGAGCGUCGGUGUGAUCGUCUUCUGCAUGAUCGCCAUGUGCAACCCUUUCGACGAGGAUCAGGACAUCGACAUGAAAACUCGCAUUGCCAACCGCAACGUUCAAUGGAACUAUAUCCGGGAGAAGAACGUCAGCGAAGACUGCAUCGACUUCCUCGGGAGUCUUCUCGAAAUCGACCCUACCAAGCGCAUGUCCCUGGCCGAUGCGCGCACUCACCCGUGGCUUAUCAGGGAGCACUAUCGCCGUCAAACAGCUGAGUUCGCCCAGGCUGCCCAAGUCGCCCCCGCCGUUGCUCGUUCUCAAGCCCUGUCGUCUUCCACACCCCCACCCGCCGUCGCGCGCGCAGUGGUCGACUUCCCCGCGGACGCGUCCAUGGCGUCCGUCGCGGACCUCAGCUCGGACGGUAUGGCCCUGGAUUCGGAUCCUGUCGAGACUGGUCGACAGACUCCCGAGGUCGGUGAGGAAGAAGAGGAGGACGACCUCUCGCCAGUGCCAGAAAGCCAAGGCCUCGGCCGUCACGGAUCGCGCUUGCAGCGGCGUGUUGACGUGAUCCGCCAUGCUCAGCGCCGUGGCGAGGACCUCCCGAGCCCGUCGCAGGAGAUGCGUGCGUGGGCGGCGGCUGAAGACGCGGAGGAAGGCGACGCCGCAGAAGAGGACGACCAGGAGAACAUGCCCCCUCCCGUCACCCCGGGAACGUCGCGGAAGCGCAAAGGCGCCUCGUCCGUGGACGAGGGGACGGAGCUGCCCGCGAUCCACGAAAACGGAGAGUCCCCGGUGCCUGCUCGGGGAGGACGCAGGGGCCGUAGCGGUGCGCGGAGGGCGGCGGUGGCUCCUGUGCUCAGCUCGCGGACGCGCAAGACUCGCGCUUCUGCGGAGGUUCCUGUCGAGCAAACUGACCUCGCGGUUCAGCGGCGGUCUAUCCGACUGAAGGGCCAGACCCCGACCAGCAAGGCGCAGCGGCGACAGUAG